UUUAAAUCUCUAGGCCUGCCCGCCCUAGCUAGAGCCAACUUGAACAGAGGGCCUAGGACUAGCGCUACUGCUAAAUCUAGUAGCAGUAGGUAGCCAGGAGUUAUGGCCACUCUGGAAUUUUCUGGAACUCUUGAACCAUCAGAUCCUUACGACAAUGCUGUUCUUAUAGUAGGUCAACUUAAACAUCUCUCAAAAUUGUGCUUUGAGGAUGUACAAUGCAAAUUUGGAGCACGAGUGGACUCAGAGACAUACUCUACAUGUAUCAGUAGCCUGCAUCCUUCUCCAACUGACCAGUGCUCUUUAUGGUUAAACAGUGCCACUGUGGCAGCUCUGCCGCUGAAGUGUAGCCGUCACAAUACUCCAUCCCGCUGCCACUCCCUCACCAAGUUGGUUAAAAGUUGUCUGGCGGGUGGUCAAGAAUAUAUUGUGAUUGUGUGUGAACAUGAAAAUGUUUAUGCAUCAGGCUUGGCUGUGGCCAGAGCACUCCCUUUGUAUUCUGCCAAAUCUGGAUCACACAACAACUCUGCCAGAAAGGUCACAGUUGAAUUUAUUGUAUAUGAAGAUGAAAAGAUAAUACCUUUGAGCAAUGAUGAGCUGCAGUGUUUAAGAGUGGCAGCAGACAGCUUAAGGCUGACGGCAAAGAUCGUGGACAUGCCGUGUAGCGAGAUGAAUGUUGACAACUUUUUACAGGAAAUUCAAGACGUGGGAAGACAACUAGGAAUAACCCCCACAAUAAUAUCAGGAGAAGAGCUUGCUCUCAAAGGUUUUGGAGGCAUUUAUGGGGUCGGGAAAGCAGCUGUUGUACCCCCUGCACUUGCCAUCUUGAGCCACAUUGUGCCAAACUCAACUGAAACUAUUGCCUGGGUUGGUAAAGGCAUUGUGUAUGAUACUGGCGGAUUGUGUAUUAAAACAAAGACAGGAAUGUGUGGGAUGAAAAGAGAUUGUGGAGGGGCUGCAGCAGUUCUUGGAGCAUUCAAAACAGCAGUCAAACUAGGGUUUAGUGAAACUCUUCAUGCCGUCUUCUGCCUGGCUGACAACGCCGUUGGUCCUCUUGCUCAAAGGCCUGAUGACAUUGUGCAUAUGUACUCGGGUCGCACUGUGGAGAUCAACAACACUGAUGCUGAGGGUAGAUUGGUACUUGCUGAUGGGGUUGCUUAUGCAGUUAAAGAUUUGCGCAGUGACAUAAUUGUUGACAUAGCAACAUUGACAGGUGCUCAGGGCAUUGCCACAGGUAAAUACCAUGCUAGUAUUUUAACCAACAAUGAAAAGCUGGAAGAGCAGUGUAUCAAAGUGGGUCGCUCCAGUGGUGACCUGGUGCACCCGGUACCCUUCACACCUGAACUCCACUCACCUGAGUUUUCCAGUGCAAUAGCUGACAUGAAAAAUUCAGUCGCUGACAGAGGUAAUGCCCAGGUUUCAUGUGCUGGAUUGUUCAUCAUGUCUCAUCUAGGCCAAGACUACCCUGGAGCGUGGUUGCAUAUUGACAUUGCCUCCCCUUCCUACUCUGGUGAGCGUGCCACUGGAUAUGGUGUGGCUCUCCUGACUUCACUCUUUGGUGACCGUUCCCUCAACCCACUGCUGCGUCUAGUUGGUCCAGCAGGUAGCAUAAACAACGGCAUGGCCAUGGAGGAGGAUGAGGAGGAUGGGCCAAAGAGGUUGAAGUUGACCUAACAGUUGAGGUCAAAUAGACAGAUUUAAUGUGUGGAGGUCACUGUGAUUGUUUAGCUCACUUUCAUGUUGUAGAUGUAAAAUGUUAUCCAGGCAUCCAGUGCAGUGGUUGGGAAGGUGUAGUUGUAAGAUACAUGUGGCUUAAUGAAUGCUGAUGUGUUUUUUUUUAAGUUAUAAAAUUAGAAUAUUAAAUAAAAUGGUGAUGAAUAAAUACAUCGACUAUUUUUCUUGAUGUUGGUUCUGUAGUUUACAGCUUCAGAACUACAAUAUAACUUAAACAACAUAACUUAAAUAUUAUUUAACAAAAAUAAUGUAUAAAAUCUUUUUUUUUACUCAAAAAAUGGCAACUGACUUCUGAUCUAAAGGAUUCGUAUGUGUGGUUGGCCAGAUUUUUAUACAUUCUUUUGAUAAUGCCAAAUUGAUUAGUAUAAACAGCAUGGAUAAAAGGACAAUAACAUUAUACAGCAGGUUUGAAAAAGCACUUGUGAGGGUUAAGUUUAUAAUAAUGAAUCUGAUUCAGAUAUUAUCUAUUUUUAUUGAUGGUUUUAAACAAUUAAAAUUUCAGCUUGAAGAUAUUGCCCUUUCAGGAAUUAAAGAAGUAUUUUUAUUAGCUGCAAUUUAAAGGAAGAAAAAGUUUUGUAUUGUUAAAAAAUUGAAAUUUUUUUUUAAAGAGUUUAACAUUUUUUUUUUUUUUUUGCAAUGACCUGAUUUAAUUUUUUAUUUUUGACACCAGCUUCACAGAGGUUUAAUUCGAUACUGUCUGUAAAAUAUAUGUCAAUGAUUUGUCUAGAUUUACUGGAUAAUCAAGAGAUGUUUUGUAAAUGUCUUGCACACACAUAUUUGCUUGGGUGUGGUCUGGUUCCUUUUCUAGUCCUUUCUUUUAAAAUUGUGGAUGAUGCAUGUUGACUCACAAUUUGAUUUUCAAAAAAUUUGUUUCGUAUUGAUGUUUAGAAUAAACCAGCCAGAUAGCUUAAGGCUCAUACUUUUAAAUAAACCGGCCAUUGUAAACAUUUAUUACACAUAAUAUAUGACAUUCACAUAAUCAUUAACAUUUUUAUAACAAAUGUUUUCUGAUUUGAUCUAAUGUUUGUUUGCACCAAAGUAAACCAAUGUGAUAUUUAAUAUAAAUAUCAUUUUUCCAUUACUCCUUGUUCCACCACACAUUUAUUCCAUUAAUAAUUCUUGCCAAGCUCACUAGUCAUAAAUACACAGCUUUUGACAAUGUUUGUAGUUUCUUAUGAAGAUGUUAAUCACUUGGGAUUUACUUUUGUGUUUGUGUCUUUAAAAAAUUGAAAUAUUUGCUAGUUUGAGCUAUAUAGAUACAUUUGCUUUGAUUUUGCUUUAUGGAUGCACACACAUAUUUGAAUUAGUGGGUAAAUUAAAUUCUUUUCUAACCUGGAAGUCACUUUUUUAGUGCAUAAAUAAUAGUUCAACUGAUGAUUUAAUUAAAUAUUUAGCUAAGUUUUAUCCUGAAUUCUCAUUAUUUCUUUAUAAAUAGUUCAAUGAGUUUACUAUCGAUAAAGAAAAAAGCAUUAGCUUUCUAGUUAUCCCUUUAGAGCUGUUUUUUUUUUAAAUUUUGUUUGUAUAGCUUAUCUUUUUAACAUUUUAAAAAUUUUUUUUGGUUGCACAUUUGAUGUGAGAAUGUUUUAUAGAGCAAUAAUAGUCUUCAUUUAAAAUAGCAUUUUUAUGUUAAAACUGCAUUUAAAAAUAUUUAGGGGCAUCUGAUGUUUAUUACAGUAUUGGAUACACGUUUUUGUCAUUAUUUUCUUUUAAAAAAAAGUAAUUUUAUUCGUUUUACGUUUAAAAGUGAAUAUGUACAUUUUAAAUUAAACAAUACAAAAUCUUUCUGAAGAAUACAAUUGUGAAACUUAAAAUUGUUCUGUGCUUUGAAACUAAUUUUUUUUAAUUAUUAGAAUAAGCUUAAGCAUUUCAGAUGCAGCUUCAGAAGCUUGUUAUUUUAAUAUUUUUAAUGAGGUUCAUUUUUUUGGAGCACAUACCAACCUGAACAUGAAGCAAAUAGAUCUAGAUGAGCAGUUUAUUUUAUAUUUUUUAAAUCUUUAUAUUUAGAUAUCAGUAAUCAAAAAUGUCUUCUGGUAGAAAGUGGCUUUGGUACAAAAUCAAAAUUAUGUGAUAUAUUAAAUAACAGUUCACUAAUCUAUACCAUUAGGUAAGUCCAAAAUAUAAUAUAAACCUUAGAGAGAAAAAAAAGUAUUGCAUUUAAAAAAUUAUAAAUUGGCUUUUUGGCAAAUAGAAUUUAUUAGAGUUCUUCAGUAGCACCACCAGAAUAAGAAAUGGAUAGAAUAUGUAUCUACAUUUCUACAUCAUUAUUUAAACAACUUUAAUGUGAAUAGGAUUUUUAAAGGAGAUGAAAAAAACUAUAUAUUGAAUAGCAGAAUUUAGUUUUUUUUUAAAUAUGUUUUGACAAAUUAUACACUUGAAGUAAAGACACCAAUAAUUAAUUCUUUUUAAUUGUUAAUGAGACGGUUUUUAACAUGUUCAUUUUUUUUUUUACUGUGGGUAAAUAUUAUGAUCUGGAAAAACAUUAAAAGCUAAAUCAAGAAAUUUAGACUUUUCUUUAUUACAAGCUUUUUCCAGAUUUUCUUUUUUUAAUUGCAGCAUAUUUUAAUUUUUUAAAUCUGGUUGCAUUUGUAUGCAUGUUGUCAAAAUAUAUCUUAUUGUAUCCAAUGGUUUAUUGUGUGAAUAAAAGUGUGCCAAUACACAUUAUUUUGUGAUACUGUGUGAAAGGAUAACUUCAGACAUGCAGAUAUCUUUUUACAGCUAUUUAAACCUCAAUAACAUAUGAUAUAAAAAAAAAAAUUGGUAGGCCUAACCACGAUUGCUAUGCUAAAACUAGUAUUAAAUUGAAUGUAGGGUGAAAUGUCAUUUUCUUUGCACAUUUUUUAUUAAUUAAAGUUUCCAAUUUUUAUUAUAUAAAUGAUAAACUUCUCUUUUUUUUAAAAAAAGCAAGUGAACCCUA